AUGGGUGAUGCGAGAUUUCCUUUAAAAGCAUGUCUCAUUACACCGUAUAGGGGAGAACGAUACCACUUACAAGAAUACUCUAGAAAUCCACUUCGAAACCCUCGCAAGUUAUUCAACCAUCGACAUUCGUCAUUACGAAUGUCUAUUGAAUGUGCAUUUGGAGUGUUGAAGAAAAGAUUUCCAAUUUUACAAACUGCAACAGAGCCUACAUUUGGUAUUAAAACUCAAAAUAAAAUCAUCCUUGCUUGUUGCAUUUUACACAACUAUUUGAUGGGUGAAGACUCCAAUCAAACUCUAAUUGAUGAGGUGCAAGAUAAGCUUGCAAACGAAAGAGAUGUUCAAGAGGAUCAUCAAGAUCAUAGAGAAGAAAACGAUGAUAUGAUUAGCGGAGAGCCAAUUAGAGAUAAUGUUGCUGGUUCUAUUUGGGUAGAUUAUUAA